AUGGGCUACGUCCUUCUCGCUCCAUACAAUGACUCCAUGCACUUGGGUCAAGGAUUCAAUUCUUUUCUGCAGCGGCCCUGCAUUGAUGGGGCUGUCAAGCUUACUCAAGCCGACCUUCAAACCCAAGCUGCACGCGCCGGAGGUCCUUCGAAUGUCUCACAGGUUGUCUCAUACAGCUCACGUUUCGUCGAAAAGAUCUCCGAUGUUGUCAGAAGCAUGAAUAUCAGUGCAGCCUCAUCCAUCAAGUUAGGAACUAUUGAAGUCUCUGGAAACUCUCUCAGUGUAGAUGAGGCAAAGUUCGCAGGCAGUGAUAUGAACGCUGUAAUAUCCGUCAAAGUCAUUAAUCAGAUUACUACAGCUAUUCAAAAUCCUACCUUUCUGCCAUUGGAGAAGUCUGAGAAUAUGUCGGAGCAGCCUCGAAAGAUGACAAGUGAAAGAUUUUUCAAAAUCUAUGGCGAUAGUUAUAUAUCAGGUUUCAUGGAAGGUGGUGAUCUACAUGGAAUUGUGUCCAUGAAAGUCCUUGACGCUUCCAAGAAAAGCAACGUUGAGACAGCGCUGAAAGGUGCCAUGAAUGGUUCCGCUGGGGAGUUCACACUUAGCGAGGGGACCGCCACCUCUACGAUUGAAGCAGCAGUUCAAGAGACAGAAUCCACUGUGACCGUCAACUGGUCCGGCGGAGGGCAAAUCAAGAAUGACGAUGCGGAAUGGACCCUUGACUCCCUAAUCCGUGCUGCUUCCGCCUUUCCGGGCCGUGUUGCAGCAUGUCCACAGAAAACAUAUGCAAUUUUGACUCCCUACAGUCGCAACCGCAGCUUUGUCAAAUGGGCAGAGGAGAACGAAAUUACGGUGCCUGACUUCUCUCCCAUUCAACAGUACACGCAUGAUCUGCUUGACAGUUUCAUGGAGUUUAAGAGCAACCUGGGCCGCAUACAAGCUGUGAUCGCUAACCCUUUGGCAUAUGAGCCAAGCCGUUUCAAUAACGCUGUCAACCUCAAUAUUGAAGCACUCGUAAUUGAGCGUCAGGCAAUCAAGAAAGAGAUGGCCAAGAUUGUCGGUAUCAUUGACAAGCUAAACAACAACCCAUCGGAGCUUAUCACCGAAGAGGUGCAAUCGCCUGAAGUAUGGGCUUUCAGACUUCCGGUUCUGAUAGAAUCCUCAGCUGUGGACACUAGGCUUUCAGACUUGCAAACAGCGCGUGUUAUCAAUGGGUUCUGUGAUAACGAUCCAACACAAGACACGAUUGAGCCUCCAACCACGGCCGGCCUUGGAAGUGAGAUGAAAGACAGUAUCAAGAACGUGCAGGACAAGGUGCAGGAAAAGGAAAAGGAGAUAGAAAAGGAGGCACCAGCCGCCGAAAUAUGCUCAGCCAGCAUCAAGGAACAUCUCAUCCCACAGGAGCGAGCCUUUGUGGAUUCAGAAGACAACAAGCGGAAAUACUCGCAGUACCGCUUUGAUCGCUCGGCAGGCAAGCCAAGCGGAGGAUUUUUCGUCGACGCUGUAGUUCUUGAGAAAGCGAUGUACCCCGUAUCAUGGCCCGUAAGCAUCGAGAUAAGUCUACGGGUAUGGGGCAACGGCAAAGUGAAGCUAGUACGGACGAUGUACCAGCAAACAUAUCAGACGCAUGGCACGGACAGAGGAGAGACGCAGACUAGCAUGACCUUGAAUCUGGAGGAGGGGGAAGUGGUCAAUCGCGUAAGGCUGGGCAAGGGGAAUGAUCAUGGAGGUAUGACUGGUGUUGGAUUUGUUGAGCUGCAUACUUCGAAGAGUAGGAAGGCAAGUGUUGGCUCCGCAGAGCUUUGUGAUGAGGUGGUUGAGUGUUUGCCAUAUGAUGGAUGCACGGGACUCAAGGGUUUCUGGGGUGGCAAGGGGGAUCUCAUUGACAGACUUGGUCCGAUUUGGGGUAAAUAG